GGCUGAAUAUUCCUUUUCUAACAGAAAAUCAGAGUUGCAUGUUCGUGUGAAGAAGCUGACUCAACUUGUAACCCUCGACUUUUGUAGCGUUCACCUGGAUGCUACUGACCUUUAGAUCUACCUGAAUACGGCGAGUUGAAUUCACUGAAGAGGUCAGGAGCUUUCUCUAAGGAUACUUUUUUCAACCGAGGAUACAAUUCACUACCUUGCUGUGAAGCACACUUGAAAGAUCUAGAUCUAGAUCUAGUAAGGAUACUUCAAGUUCAAGAUACUCUGAGAUUUGGAUUUAUCAUUUCAAGUAAAAGUCUGUUGACUUCAUUUUGGAUUUCGAAAGAUGAAAAUGGCAAUUAACAAUUUGUGAGUCACGGAAGAGACAAACUGUUUAUCUACUGAUAAUGUGUAGUGGAAUUGCCGAAAAGAUCAUUUCCAUUUUAACAAGAAGUAGAUGAUGAGAAAGAAGAGUGUGUAGUCAAGUUAUUUCUGACUACGCCACGAACACAUAGCAGAGAAGUAGCAGUAGUUGCAACAACUGCAUUCUUGGCUUUAAAAUAACAUUAACUUCCUCAGCGUUGGUGGAAAAAGACAAAAGGCAAAAGGGAAAGCGAAAAACUAAACCAUUCUUAAAUGUAAAUUAAAGAGAACAAAAAAGAAAACUCCAAAAAGGAAAGAAACAACGAUAAAAACUUGAAAACACAAUACAACGACACCAAAACUCUACCAGACAUGGCCACCGACACAGAGCCCAUCACAGAACAAAGGGCAACAACUGGAGCUUUAAUCUUGAAGCGUAGUAAUUUCCGAUUGUUCGCCCUUGGCAUCUUUUACAUCCUGUUCCUCGUGAUUGGCGCGGCAGUUUUCGCUGCAAUUGAGGAACCCCCUGAGUCGAGGCUUGUGGAUCAUAUCAAAGAUGUUCGGGCGGCCUUUCUGCAGAAACACAACGGCUGUAUGACCA